AUGCGCGAUGCGGGCGAGGUCGAGGUGGCACAAGACGUGCACGUUGCCCCUGAGGUGGAGGAGUGGGUGAACCCGCUGUUCGCCACCGCCGCGGAGGAUGAGGAGGCGGCAAAGGCAGCGGAUGCUGAGGAUGCCGGGGACUUGCAGGAGGAGGACGAGGAGGAGGAGGAGGAGGAGGAGGAGGAGGAGGAGGAGGAGGAGGAGGAGGAGGAGGAGGAGGAGGACGAGGAGGAGGAGGAGGACGACGAUGAGGAGGAGGGGGAGGAGGAGGAGGAGGAGGAGGAGGAGGAGGAGGAGGAGGAGGAGGAGGAGGAGGAGGAGGAGGAGGAGGAGGAGGAGGAGGAGGAGGAGGUGUCAGAAUCUAACAGCAGGAAUGGAUGA